CCCUUCUUUGCUACGAACGCAGAAGAGGCACGCUCGAUCCGACCGCCACCCUCCCUCCCCUCUUCUCUCUCACCGCCAGGAAACCCUCGGCGAAUUCUUUUCGGCUUCGUCGGAGAACAUCGCCGGCGAUCAAUACAAGGAUCCAUUUCUCUUUUCCUGAGCAGGCGAUGCAGGGCAUAGAAGGACCCAGCGCCCGACAGAGAAAACCCAGAAGGCCCGCCCUUUCUCUCAACUCUCAGGAUGUGACGGGAGAUAGUGCCAUGGACGGAAUUGAAGGAAUGGACGCUGAUGAAUUGAUUGAUGAUAAUGUCGGGGAUGAAAUUGACGACAGAGUUCCUGAGGUGGGCAUGGUGUUCAAAAAUCAUCAAGAGGUGUCUAGAUUCUACAAGCGAUAUGCUCGCCGGGUGGGGUUUGGCAUUGCCAUAAGAAGAUCUGCCUUCACGGAAGAUGGACAUUGCUUGUACUUAGAAUUGAUGUGCUGCAAAGGGGGCCGGAAGCGACCAGAGCCCAAGUAUCGGAAGCGCAACUCAGCAAAAACAAAUUGUCCAGCUAGGAUUAAAGUUAAGCUAUGGGGUGAUGGGAUGCUUCACUUGGUUGUGGCGAACAUUGACCACAACCACCCUGUUAGCCCCUCCAUGGCAAGGUUCUUGACUUGUUAUAAGCAGUUAUCAGGCGCUGCCAAGAAGCGUGCUGAUCGAAACAAUGGAGAGGCUGAUGAGCCAAGAUUGCCGCCAACUAUGCCACUUGAUAGAUUAAGUGCGCUUGAAGAACUACUCUUUAGCGAGAGUGAGCAUAAGAGUUUUGUGGAAAGAGGUAGAUUAAAGCUUGGGGAAGGGGAUGCUGAAGCCCUUCGUCUUUUUUUCACCCGAAUGCAGGCAAAGAAUACAAAUUUCUUCAAUGUCAUGGAUUUGGAUGAGGAAGGGAGUGUGAGAAAUGUCUUCUGGGCAGAUGCACGGUCAAGGGCUGCACAUCAAUAUUACAAUGAUGUCGUCAUGCUAGAUACAACAUAUGUGACAAAUAAAUAUGAUUUGCCUCUUGCUACAUUUGUUGGGGUGAACCAUCAUGGCCAGUUGGUUCUAUUGGGUUGCUGCUUGCUAUCAGAUGACACCAUGGAGACAUAUGUAUGGUUGUUUAAGGCAUGGAUAGCAUGUAUGUAUGGAGAGUUCCCCAAGGCGCUUGUUACUGAUCAAUCCAAGGGCAUUCAGAAUGCUGUUGCUCAAGUUCUCCCCAAUGUUCGCCAUCGCAUGUGCCUGUCACAGAUAAUGAAAAGAGUACCUGAAAAAUUAGGUGGGUCAGCAGAUUAUAGAGCCAUUAACAAGGCAAUGCAAAAGGCUAUCUAUGAUUCCUUAACAGCUGAUGAGUUUGAAGAAGAUUGGGCAAGGAUGGUUGACAUAUAUGGACUUCAAGGUAAUGAAUGGAUCAGAUCAUUGUAUGAAUUCCGGCAUUCUUGGGUCCCUGUAUAUCUAAAAGAAACAUUUUGGGCUGGCAUGUCUACCACCCAGCGUAAUGAGACUAUAGUUGCAUUUUUUGAUGGCCAUAUUGAAGCAAAGACUUCUUUGAAGCAAUUUCUUAGUAAAUACGAGAUGGCAUUACUGGAUAAAUAUGAAAAGGAAGCUCAAGCAGAUUUUGAGACAUUUCACAAGCGACGACCUUCUGUGUCUAAAUUUUACAUGGAAGAACAACUUUCCAGAGUAUUCACACUUAAUAUGUUUAAGAAGUUUCAAGAUGAGAUUGAGGCCAUAAUGUACUGUCAUGCAUCGCUGCUCAAGGUAGAUGGACCUAUAUCUACUUUUGAUGUCAGGGAAUGUAUUUUUCUUGAUGAUGGCAAGAGGACAAUGAACAAGAACCAUGGAGUUUUAUUCAACACAGAAGAGAAGGAGAUUCAGUGCAUAUGCGGUUCGUUUCAGUUUAGAGGGAUCUUAUGCAGGCAUGCCUUGUCUGUGCUCAAGUUGCAGCAAGUGCAUGAAAUUCCAUCCCAGUAUGUUAUCAACCGGUGGAAAAAGGAUUUCAAGCGAUUGCAUGUUCUAGCUCAAUCUUCAGAUGAUGUCAUUGCUAAUAAUAGAAUUGAUCGAUAUGAUUACUUAUCAAUGCGAUGUCUUCAACUUGUUGAAGUAGGAGUCUUGUCAGAUAAAUAUCAAUUAGCUCUUAGAUUAAUAAAAGAGAUGGAGAAGUUUCUUCUAAGUGAUAACACAUAUGAUGAUACACAGCCCAAGAUUAAGCCUCGUAUUCCUAAAGCAAAUCGAUUGAUCCAGAAUCGCAAGCAAAAUGUUGGAACUAGUGUGAUAUCUGAAAAUGGAAAUGCAGUGCAGCAGCUUGGUGGUCUUAUGCAGUUGAAUGAGGGACAUCCUUCUCUAGGAAUCACAAAGGCUACUGAUUUUCAAGUUCUUCCAACUCCAUAUCUUGCCACCCAAAUCAGGCCACAACAAAAUACAAAACCCACGGUUCUCAUUAUGUUGUCUUCGUGCUCUACAUUAAUAUUCUGGCAGAUUUACCUGGCAUCACAUACCCUUUUUUGGAAAUUAUGUUUGCAACAGGAAGGAGGAAAUCCAACUGUCUUGCCUCGUAGUCAAUUUGGUUUGUCGAUGAAUGGAAACCAAGCAACAGUUCGACCAGGCAUUGUGUAUAUGUUCCCGGGUGGAUUUGACCCACAGACAUUUGGAAAUGGACCUUUGAUGCCAUGGAUCUAUCAGCCGGUGCUCCAAGCUACUCAGAACCCAAAGGAUCCUCUGGCACCAGGUCCUCCUAAAAGGAGACGGAAAAUAUUCCGUGAUCAAAAACCUGUGGAAUCAACUCAAGAUCCAAAAGAAGCACCUGUUGCAACAACUAGUUAAUGGGUACAGCACCAAGCUGCAGCUUUAACCCAAGGAUGGUGGCGAAGCAGAUCAAAUCAGAGCACACAAAGAUAUUGGUUGAGCUUGCUGUAGAGAACAAUUCAUUCCAGCUUGAAGGCACAACUGAGCAUUUGCCACUCUACAAUCUGCAAUACCAUUCCCUCUAUGAUGCUCCUUUGUAGUUGCUUUUGUGAAGGAUUAAGCAUUUCAACAUUUUCCAUGCAAAUCUCUGUAGAGUUCUUUGUUUAUCCACGGUAACGAGUACCCAAGUGGCCUAUCUUUGCAGUUAUAUAAGUGUUAUUUUUCGAAUUAGGCACCUCAAUGAUGUAUCUCAUUGACUGUGAUUCGAUGCCUUGUAAUGACAACAUUAUUAUUUGUAGAUCUCCAUGUGUGAAUAGAAACUUCUUACCACCCCAAA